UGUCUCUCCUCUGGCUGCAGGCAGCAUCUUAUUCAGCAGUCACAGAGAGAGCUGUGGCAGGAAAAAUUAAUGGAGGAGAAAGAAACAGGGAAGGAGAAGGGCGCUUGUGAAGAUCGUACUGCCCUCCGGAGGGCCCCGCGGGAGAUGGCAAAAGUGCACCAAGACCCCAUGUUCUCUGAUGACGUUUUUUUCAUUGAGCCAAUGGAGGGAGAAAUCGAGCCGGAUGGUUUGGCCCAAAUCAACAUGACUUUCAAACCCCUGGAAGCAGUGGAGUAUCAAAGUGUGGCUUAUUGCAGCAUCUCAGGCUGUGAGAGCAGGAUGCCCGUGCACCUCACAGGGGAAGGCCAAGGACCCUUGGUUCAAUUCAGCUCUCAAACACUGAACUUUGGGAACGUUUCUGUUGGCACCACCCACGUUUCUGAGGUGGAACUGAUUAACCUAGGAGCUCUUGAUGCUCCCUUCAGCUAUAUCCCUUCAACUGCAAACGUGGGCUUCUGCUUCAAGUUUGCACCCGAGAAGGGCAUCAUUGAAGCACGUGGGAUCCAGACUAUUCAGAUCUCCUUCAGUGCCACCGUAGUGGGGAAGUUUAAGGAAGCAUUCCAGUUCCGUGUGGCUGGAUCUCUUACGUCUGCAAUCCUGACUAUCAAGGGGCGUGUCACCAAACUGAGGUCAUACCUUGAGGACAAUAAGCUCAACUGUGGGCGCAUCUCCCCUGGCUCUCCCUUCUCCGAUAUCCCUCGCCUCAUUGACACCUCCUUGAUGUCCCAUACAAUCCCUCGUGAAGAAGCCUGCUUCUCAGAUCUCCAAAUCCAGCCCAGCACCCUGAAGUUUGGCUGCCGCGUGGUUGGUACUAUGAAAGAAGUGCGUUCUCUGGAGAUGACCAACUGCAGCUUACUUCCUGUCCACUACCACUGGUCAAUCCAGUCCGAGAGCCAGGAGCCCAGGUUGAGGUCCACGUCCGUAGCUCAGUUACUUGGUGGAUGUCAGCCUUACCCAUCUAAAUUCACACCGCAACCCCCAAAGGAGAAGAGACCCUCUUUUGGUUCCUUGGCAUCUCGAAGGAGACGCAUCAACAUUAGAAGCGUGGAGGAGCCAACCAAAGCCCUGAAAGAAGAGCAGAAUGUUCUUCAAUCUUCAGGAGCGGAGGCUUUCAGGAUCAUGCCGCAGUCGGGUAUCCUGCAGCCAGGAGAGAGCCGGGAGGUGUCCAUCACCUUCUUUGGCCACCAGGAUGUCCCCACCAGUGUGAAGGCGCUGUGCCACGUGGGGCAAUGCCUGAGCCACGUGGUGGAGCUGAUCAUCCCACGGGUCAGCUACUCCCUGAGCCUCCAGGAGAUCGACUGUGGCUUCCAGAUAUUUAAUGAAAUUGGUCACAGCGUGGUCACCCUGGCGAACACUGGCAGGACUGAAUUCAGAUGGGUGCUAAACCCUUGCCCUGCAGACAAGAAUCAGCCUGGUGUGUUUCUGGUCUGGCCCACCAGUGGCUCCAUUGCACCUGGCAAGAACAAAGUGCUGAAAUUCUCUUACCUGCCGGGAAUACCAGGAGCUUUCAGCAGGACUUACCAGCUUACAGUGGGUGACCUGGAACCAGAAAAUAUCUUCCUGAAAGGAGAAGCGACCUGCCCCAUGAUCAGUGUAAACCUGCCCUGGAUCAUCAAAGAAAAUGAAGAACAUGAGAAUCCACUGAAACAGCCUGUACAACAGUACAAUCAGAGGAACAAAUUAGAGGAAGAAGUUGUUCAGAAGAAGACUCAGCCCCCUAAGACUCAGACUUUGGAGACUGGGAAUCGGAAGACUCGGGACCCGCAGCCCCGCUUGCUUGGCUCUGGCACUGCACCAAACAGUCAGCUGCAGAUGCACACAGUGAGGAUGCUGAUAGUGGAGGCUGCUCUGGAGCUGCAGGAAAGGGUCAUACACCAUGUCCCAAAGUGCAGGUUCCCUAACAAGCAGCUGUGCCAGAGCCUUGUCAAAGUUGAGGUGCCCGAGUAUGUCCUGGACAUGGGCACUGUCCUUAAGGGUUUCACUGGGAAAAGCACUGUGAAGAUCACCAACCCUGGGCAGAUCCCAGUCUUCUUCCAGGUCAAUGGAUCUGUCCUGCAGGACACAGGUUUCAGCGUGGACCUGGACCUGAUGAACAGCCUGCCCCCCAAGCAGAGCGUGAAGUUUGACGUGCACUUUGAAAGUGCCCAGCGGUCACAGGGUGACGUGGAUGUGCUGCUGCCCAUAGAGGUGACAAAAGGCCCCACGUCUCACAUCCGCCUCCGUGCCACUGUGCUGGAAGUGUCUCUCAACCUGUCCAAGAGAGCACUGCAGUUCUCUGACAUUCUCGUUGGGCAGUGCCAGAUUGAGACAAUCCAGCUCUACAACCGGUUCCCAGUAGCCUGCACAUGGUCCAUUACUGCCAUCAAGCCUGCUCUGAAGAAAUAUGUAUGUCAGAAGUCGCAGGCGCUGGAGGAUGAGCCCUGUCCCUUUGAAGUGACACCUUCCCAAGGAAACCUUGAUCCAGGACGGUGGCAGAAGUUAAAGAUCCAGUUUACACCCAAGGAGGAGAGGUCUUACAAGAAUGAGCUGAAGCUCAACAUUGGUGGGAGCAGCCAUCACUUAAGGCUGCACCUCUCGGGACAAGGUCUAGAGCCACGGUUGGAGUUCAGCCCCCCAGCACUAAAGAUGGGACAGGUGCUGGUGGACACUGAUGGGGUGGAGGCCACAGUGGUGGUGAAGAACCCAUGUGACUUCCCCAUUGAGUUUUACUCCCUGGACUUUGAUCAGCAGUACCUUGAGGAGGAGAAGAUCCUGCGGAUAGCACUGGGCUCUGAGAAGCAAAAGAGCUUUUUAAUGCCUCCACGCACUGUGGGGGGGACGCGGCCCCCAGUGGUGCUGAGGAAGUAUGAAGCACAGAAGAGGCUGAAGACUCAACAGGCAGAGCUCAAGGCCAUGGCAGAGGCCCAGCCUUCAGCUGAAAACCAAGGUCAGAAGCCUCAGAAGAAGGUGAAGAAGAAGGCUAAACAAAAUCGUCAAGGCCAAAGGAGUCUCCAGUCAUCUCGGCUGGAGACACAGAGCAAAGCUACAGAAGAGGCAGUCAGAGAUGAGCAUGUCGGGGUGCCGUGCCAGGACGUGCAGGUCACAGAUCCAAAGGCCAUGACUGGGGAGAUCCUGAGCGAUGGGAAGCUGCCAACGGAAGUCCAGAUGCUGAAAGAUCUGGGCCAGCAUCCCAAAAGGCCUCCCCGUCCCCCCGGUGCUGUGCUCUCCAUAGUGGAGUACCCAGAGGAGAGGUUGGGCCCUGCAGGGUGUGUGGAGCCCUUCAUCAUUGUGGCACCUGAAGGUGCUGCCGUGGAAGACAAUCUGGCCAAGGGCCCAGAUGUGAAGGGCAGUUCUGCCAAGGGCCAACCAAAGACGGGUAAAGCCACCAGCAGAGACAGCUCUACAAAGGAGAACCUGAUCUCCACACAGAGAACAGAAAGUCCCCAGGAUUCCUCCACCACAAGAUCCAAAACUCUGCUGGAAAGUGCCUCAGUCUCCACAGAAUUCCUCGGGCUGAAACGGUACCGGUGGAUAGUGCCUGCCCACGGUCAGGUGGAACUGAAGGUGCACUUCUCCACCAAAAAGUCAGGGAAGUUUGUGCAGACACUGAGGUUUGAGCUCGUGCAGACCAAGCGCCAGUACGAGCUGCCCUGCAGUGGCACCGGCCUGUACCCCAGCAUCUGCCAGAACCCUCGGGUGGUGUUUCCACAGUGCAGGAAAACCAUGCAGAAAGAUGAAGUCAUCUUCAAGGAAUAUGUUGAGAGCACAAAGCAAUUCCACUUUGGACCUCUGCAGUGUGGGAAAUCAAGAGAGUGGUACAAGGCCCAGAACUGUCCUGGCAACUCAGAGAAUCUAAGCAUCCUCAACAACUCCCCCGGGGACGUGGAGGUCCAUUUCUCCUUUGAGAAUGCUGGACAAGCAGAGACGUUCCUUCUGGACCCUCGCAGCAUGACACUGAAACCCAAGGAGAAGCAGGAGUUGACCAUUUGGGCAUACCCCACUUCCCCUGGCUUCCUGGAAGACAAACUCAUCUGCAGCGUUGGGAAGAACCCCAACCCAGUGGUCUUCAGCCUGUGCUGCCAUGGGGUGGACAUGAAGCUGGAGGUCAGCCCCCUGAAGCUGUCUUUUGACAAACUGCUUCUGCACAGGACUGACAGCAGGACCUUGGUCCUGAGAAACAACACCCUGCUGCCCAUGGCCUGGCAGUUGCGUGGGCUGAAUGACCUAUUUGAGGCCUUCUCCUUAUCACAAGAUAAGGGCAUCAUUGAUCCCCACACAGAGUUUCAAGUGACACUGCAUUUCCAGGCCGAGCAGACUGGCAGCAUUGAGAAGACCCUCCAGCUAGAGGUUUCAGAUACAGAAAAUAUCCUGGGGAUUGCUCAGACUGAAAACAUCCAAGUCUCUGCAGAGGUCUAUGAUGUUUCUCUCAGCAUUGACAUGCCUGAAGGUCCAGAUGGAAGCUUGGAAUUUGGAACCAUUAAUGUCCAAGAUAAUGUCAAGAAAGUCCUGCAUCUAGAAAACACAGGGGUAUACAACAUUGAGUACAGGUUCACACUUGAGGCUGCAGAUCGCAGGACGCGAGACGUGGCAUCCCACUUCACUGUUAAGCCUCAGUCAGGCCUGCUGAUUCCCUCCCAGCCUGGUGUGAAUGUUGAGAUGCUCUUCCACCCCACAAGAGAAAUGUUCCUCAGGAACAAACCCAUCCUGUACUGCCAGGUGAUAGAUGCCAGCUCAGGUGAAGGAGGCCAGGCUGUCCUCAACAUCCCAUUGAGGGUGUCUGCCAUAGCUGAGUACAGCAAGUACAGCAUUGAGCCUGCCUCACCCAUCAACUUUGGAGCCAUGGUCAAGGGCACCAAGAAGACCCAGACUGUCAUGCUGGAGAACAAAGGCCUCCUCAGCUUCAAAUUCCACAUCUGCCAAGCACCCGAGGAGGCACUGGGAAGCAAAAGCUCAAAGCAAGUGGAAGCUGCAAAGCGCUCCAUGAGAAGGAAAUCAAGCUCCUUGACACAGGCUCGCCUCAAUCUUGGCAUGUUCACGGUGUCCCCCUGCUCCGGCUCCAUCAGUCCGUGGGGCCAGCAGAAGAUCACAGUGAAAUGCCUGGCAGGGCAGGAGGGGACAUGUGAGGAGCAGCUCUGUAUUGACAUCACAGGCAGACACCCCAAGGACAAUCCCCUUGGCAUUCCCUUCACCCUGAUUGCCCAGUCCUGCAUCCCAGCACUCGUCGAGGAUGUCACAUUAAUCUUCGAGGAGUACCCGAUCUGCAGCAGCACCGACCUCGAGCACAAGCUGCAGUCGGUGGAAUGCGCCAGCCUGUUUGUCACAGAUGAGAACAGAUUCAUCUUCAGCAAGGCUCAGGUUGGGCAAGAGGCUGAAGCUCAUUUCAAUAUUUACAACGCAAGCUGUGUGCCAUGCGAUGUGGUGCUCUCCAUCGAACCCCUGCCUGGAGAGGCAAAAAGCCCUAUCAACAACAUUUUCAAGUUACAUCCAGUCAAGAUGUCUGUUCCCGGCUCAUCCAGUGCCAUUGCUACAGUGACCUUCACCCCACCAGAGGAGCAGAACUACAACUGCACUUUCAAGGCUUCCCUUGUCAUCCCAAAAGGCUCUGUGGGAAUUAAACCCCAAAGCCUGACCUUCACCAUCAGCGGGAAGGGGCAUGAGCCACGGGUGACAGUCGUGUGCCCAAGCGCUCGCAGCAAGAGGGGAAACGCCGUGCUGCGCUUCAAGAGGCUCCGGCUGGGGGAUUCAGAGAUGCUGCCCCUGGUCAUCCGUAACGAUGGCAUCAUACCUGUCAAGUUUAUGUUACACCUGGAGGAUGAGCACAGAAUGUUCUCCUUGAAAGGCAGGGCCUCUGCUGUCAAGGUGUUCCACACUGAAGAUGUGGAAGAGGAUUCAGCUGGAAAUGAGAGCAAGCCCACAAAGCCUUUCUUCCUUCUGAAUCGCGGGCAAUCGGCAGAGUUUGAUGCCAUUUUCAAACCCACCCUGGCUCAACGUGUGGAAAGGCAGAUUGGUGUGUUAGUGGGGAACACCUACUCUAACAAGACCAUAAUUGAACUGGUGGGUGAAGGCCACGAGGACGAAUUCACCCUCGAUGGAUUAGAGGAAGGCCCUGAGGAGAGGAAUGCUGAUGGCAGCCUGAAGGAAAACAUCAUUGAUGCUGUCAGAGUGAAUCACAUUCAGUUUGGGGACUGUCACGUUGGGGAGCCCUACUGCAGGACCUUCACCAUCACCAGCCACGCCGAGAUGGUCAUGCGCUUUGAGUGGGAGGCAGAGGCCCCAUUCCGGUUCUCCCCCAAGGUGGGACACCUCCAUCCUGGCUGUGCCAAGGACAUCACAGUGACCUUGAUGUCAGAUAUCCCAGUCACCUUCAGGAGGCACCUUGUGAAAUGUAAGGUGACCAAGAUCGACUUUGAGCUGCCACAAAGGAACGUUCAGGACUGGGAUGACCAAAUGACCAUUGUCAUCUGGAAGAAUUCCACCAGGAAAGACCCGGCAUACAGGUGGCCUAAAAUAAAGAAGGUGGUCAAGACAGCCCCAGAACCAGCUCACACUGUGGUGGAGAAGAGCAGGCAGGAGGUCGAGGUGUACCUCAGUGCCAUUGUUGCCUACGCCCAGUUCCACCUGGACACGAUCAUGGUUCAGUUCAACAACACCUUGCCCUUUGAGACAAGGACAGCCACUUUCACCAUGCACAACACAGGGGUGGUAGCCCUGAAAUACUCCUGGGAGAAAGCUGCAGAGACUGAACCAGUGAAGAAGCCAUAUUCAACCACUCUGAUGCGUCGAUUCCUUUCCUACGAUACCAUGAAGCAUCGCAGAAAGCUGCUGAGUCUUUUCUGGUGGGAGAAGGACCAUCCUCCUGAGACGCCUCCUAAAGUGCGGCGGCUGCGGCGGCCUGCCAAGCAGCAGCAGGAUUCCGAGCAGCAGGAGGAGCAGGAUCCCGAGCACCAGGAGGAGCAGCCAGAGCAGCAGCAGCAGGAGCAGUGCGAGCAGCAGGAGCACUCCAAGAAGCUGCGCCGCUCAAAAGAAAGGAACCUGUCUCCAAAGCGUGCCAGCUCCUCCCUGGAUGUCUUCACCCAUGCUAAGCAUGACCUGUUCUCCAUCAGCCCCUAUGAUGGCACCAUCCCUCCUGGCCAGAAGCAGACCUUUCACCUGCAGUUCCAGCCAAAGUGCACCGGGAAUUUUAAGACCACCCUGCUGUGCAGGAUUCCCAACCUGGAGCCGACUCAGAAGAUGGGGCAGGUGAUUGUGACAGGCAGCGUCCAGGAGUGGAAGAAUCUUGAUGAACCAUCAGUGCAGAUGGAGGAAGGCCAGGGACCCAAGGAGGAGGUGCUCUGGAGACCACCACCCGAGGGACAGGAUUUGUGUGAGCUGGAGCAUCCAGCAGGAGCCGGCAACAUCGUGCCUUCUGAGGAUGAUCUCCCACUCUUGACCAGAGACGUCUGGAGCUGCCCUCCCCAGCUCCAAGAACUUUCUUAUCUUUCCUUUUAGUUAGCUAAGUUAACUAACUAAUUGUUCGUUAGAUGGACAAGUUCUUGAUAAUUGCCAGUUCAUUGUUAAUAAACAGUUGUUAAUUGUUAA